CUCAGCCAGAAACCUUCUUCCUUCUUCCUUCCCUCUGGUGUCUCGGCGCGCCGUGGUUGCCACGACAAGGGGCAGAACCACCGAUUGGACGAGCUCCGGCGCCAGACGAACCAGCCGGCGGCAACGCGGCCGAGGAAUCGCCGGCGCUUGGUCCACGUUGUUUUGUCCGGUCAGGGCAGGAGGAAAGGAAGUUGAUCAGUAUUAGCUGUUUCGGGCUUAUUGCAGGCGUGAAGAGUUGCUAGGCCACCAUGGAUGUCGAUAAACAAGAAACGAUGGAAGAGACCAUUCUGGUCGGUGAUGAUCUGAUGCGUGGGCCGCCUUCCCCUGUCGUACCAAAAGAAAUUGCAUCGCAUGUCCUCGAAGGAGUUGAGCUUUGCGAUGGUAUCCUCAAGAAUCUUUUCCUGUGCCUGCAAAUCAAUGAUAUUGAGCCAUUUUGUCAAGACGAAAUUGUGCUAUACCAACAAUGUGUUGCGAAACGGGAUAAGGAAAUAAGGGAGCGGCUCCAGGAUAGUGAAUAUAAAUUGGGUGUGUCGAUGCCUCUUGAAGCAGCAAACGAAAGGGUCACGCAACUCCAGUCAGAACUCACACUGCUUGAAAGGCGUAUGAUUCUUGCAAGUGGACUUCAGGGUAUGGAAGGAUUUCGCCAACGAUGGAGCUUGCAUGGACAGCUUGGAGAUACAAGAAAAAGAUUGGAAGCGCUGAACAAUGGAAUGGCGAAAAGAGAGAGCCCAAGUUCUCCUGAUCCAGUGGAAGGCGCAACACCUGCAGCUAAGAAGAGGUGGUUCUUUUAGUACGUUAGCACAAUUUUUCUGACUUGCAAAACAAUUGUAACUUAUGGCAUGUCUAUGGCAAUGUCAUGCACCCAUUUCUCGCUGCGUUAUUCUACCCCAAAGCAACAUUUUGUUCUGUUAAACCAGUGGGUUCACCUAUAUGCAGCUGCACUUUUGAUUUAAAUCUGUGGAAAAUACAUGGACUUGAAACCUUGAAGAUACCAUUUGAAUUACCCACGAAUGUUA